AUGCCCGCUCAGCCCGGCGCACAAGAGCCUUCCGUCUUUCAGAAGCUGCGAAUGGGCAUGCUCACCGGUGGCCUUGUCGGCCUGACGAUCGGCUUCAUCUUUGGCAACUUUGCCAUCAUCUCCGGCGGCGCAGGGCGCGGCAAGGGCUACUUCCCGACCCUGUCGACCUACAUGCUCUCGUCGGGCGCAACGUUCGCCUUCUUCAUGUCGAUCGGCACCGUCAUCCGCACCGACGGCCUCACGAUGCAGGAGUGGGCGGCGCAGCAGGUGCGCGAGGGUCGCGCGAUCGGUAUGCCGGGCGUUGUCGGCGCUCAGGCCGUCCGGGAGCGCAUGGAGCGCCGGGAGAAGCCCUAG